UUGUGAGUUUAUUCAAUUAAUUACCUUUUCCCAAUAGAAAAGUGAAUGGAAAAUGGCCAUUAUGUUGAAUAGAUGACAGUUCCUUGCCUCAGUAUCGACUGCACCAAACAUUGACUUUCCAGAGAACUAUACACAAUCUUAACCAAGAAAAUACAUCAAUAAUUUUCCAUCAUUUCUUGCACUCAAUCACUUAAACCAAACAUUUCUUUCAUUUUUAUAAAUUUCUUGUGAUAGUGAGCCUUCUUAAAUCUCAUCUAUAAAAGCAGGCUCAAAACAAGAGUCUCAGCAAUAAGUUCAACUAAAUCUAAAGUCUUUUUUUGGUAGUAGUUUGGUCUUUUAACCAUGAACUCUUCAAGCCAAGCAAAAGCAGUACCAUUGAUCAUGGCCCUAUUAUUUAUGCUGCUAAUUCUCUUACUUGCACCAACUUCAGAAGGUGCUAUCUCUUGUGGCACUGUGAUUAGCAACGUUAAGCCAUGCCUCAGCUAUUUACAAGGUACUGGUGGGAAGCCACCACAACCUUGCUGUGCUGGUUGUCAAUCUCUUUCAUCUGCUGCUGCAACUACUGCAGAUAGACAGGCUGCAUGCACUUGUCUCAAGAAUGCAUAUCAAAAGAUCAAAAUAAAUGGUCAACUAGCACAGGGUCUUCCUAAGAAUUGUGGAAUCUCCUUGUCCGUCCCUAUCUCACUCAGUGUUGAUUGCACCAAUCAUUCCUUGAAAGAUUCAACUAUGGGGAACAUCAUCAAUAGAAGUUCAAAUCAGGAUGAUGUCAAGGUGUCACUCCCAAUUGAUAAUCCCUUCAUGCUUCCUUCUCCAUUGCCCACUUGGCCUUCAGGUCAAGGCUUUGCUAAUGGAGUCAUUGAUCUUGGAGGACUAGAAGUGGCUCAAAUAUCAUCAUUUGCUAAAGUUUGGGCUAUCCAAGAAGGUGGACCAGAUGAUCUUGGAGCUACAUUCUUUGAACCAUCAAAUUUACCAGAUGAAUUCUUUAUGUUUGGAUCCUACAGUCAACCUAACAAUUUGCCCCUUUUUGGAUGGGUUCUUGUUGGUAAAGAUUCAUCAGGAGAUGCUCUAAAAGUGCCAACUGACUAUACACUUGUGUGGAGUAGUGAAAACCUGAAAAUUAGUCAAGAUGGUGUUGGCUAUAUUUGGCUGCCAAUUCCUCCUGAGGGCUAUAAAGCUGUUGGCCACGUUGUAACAACAUCGCCUCAGAAGCCUUCUCUUGAUAAAAUUCGAUGUGUUCGUUCAGAUUUAACCGAUGUGUCAGAAACCGAUGAUUGGAUAUGGGGAAAUGAUGGCUUGAACGUGUACUCAUCAAGACCAAGAGACAGAGGAAUCCAUGCUCAAGGAGUGUCUACUGGUGCUUUUGUGGCGUCGAACAAUGGAGAUGCAAAUUCACUAGCUUGUUUGAAAAAUGUCAAAUCCAAUUUAUCUGCUAUGCCAAAUUUGAACCAAGUUCAAGCACUUUUCCAAGCCUACUCCCCUUUGUAUUACUUCCACCCUGAUGAACAAUAUUUCCCUUCUUCUGUCAAUUGGUUUUUCCAAAAUGGAGUAUUAUUGUUUACCAAAGGGCAAGAAUCUGCACCAGUUAAUGUUCAGCCAGAUGGUUCAAAUCUGCCUCAAGGUGGUUCAAAUGAUGGUGCUUAUUGGUUGGACUUGCCAACUGAUGAUUCAGCAAAAGAUCAGGUCAAGAAAGGAGAUUUAAAUUCUGCCACUGCCUACUUACAUAUUAAACCAAUGUUUGGUGCGACAUAUACUGAUAUCGCUCUGUGGCUAUUUUACCCUUUUAACGGCCCUGCUAGAGCAAAAAUCGAGUUCAUCACCAUUCCGUUAGGGAAAAUUGGUCAACACAUUGGUGAUUGGGAGCACGUUACGUUAAGGAUUAGUAACUUCAAUGGGGAGCUACAAGGUGUGUACUUCUCUCAACACAGUGGAGGAAAUUGGGUAAGUGCACCUCAACUUGAAUUCGGAAAUGGUAACAAACCCAUGGCCUAUUCGUCGUUGCAUGGCCAUGCUUCUUAUUCGGAACCAGGGCGGAAUAUGCAGGGGAGUGGCAAUAUAGGCAUAAGAAAUGACACAGCAAAGGGGCAGGUGAUGGACACUGGGGGAAAUUAUUCAGUGGUUGCUGCUGAAUAUUUAACAAUUGUUGAGCCAGCAUGGUUGAACUAUGCUAGAGAAUGGGGUCCAAAAAUUAGCUAUGAUAUUGCAAAUGAAGUCGAAAAAGUGGAGAGAUUUUUGCCAGGGAAAUUGAAGAGGGCUGUUGAGAAACUUGUGAAAGGUCUACCAAAUGAAGUUUUGGGUGAGGAGGGACCCACUGGACCCAAGUUUAAGGACAUGUGGAAUGGUGAUGAAAGGGGUUAAACAUGGUACUGAUUAAUAUGGGGUUUGCUUUUUUACUUUUUUUAUUUUCACACGAUUCUUCUAUGAUUGUAUCAUCAAAUAAUCAUUUCCCAUUUGUUUAUUUAGAGAAAGUAGUGUUACAUUUAAUAUUCCAUAAAAAGUAGGAUUGGUAACCAAGAAAAUAAGGUGUCUUACAUGUUAUAACACAAGUUAGGUGAUAUGUUAAUGUUGGUUUUAUAUUGUCAAUGUGUAUAUGUCAAAU